AUGCGGGCGGAAGAGCUCCGAGUGGGGAACAGUGAAGCCGCUGUAGCAGCGAGACGGCGUCCGCCACGCGCACGAAAGACAGCUCUAGACGUUUUGCGAUGCUUUCGAAAGAAGAAUGAUGGGUGUAUUCCAGAAAUGCUCCUUUACAACGCCUCAGAUUUCGGUUGCAGUUGCUUUAGCAGUUCUCACAAGUUUUGGAGUAUACUCUUCCAUUGACGUGGUUCGAGAAUUUUUUCAAUGUAUAUAUCACACCGAAUGUGAAAAUGGCUACAUGCUUUCAUCAAGAUCUGUUCCAAUACCUAACUAUUCCGAAACAGAGUGUUUCUUCUCAAGAAACGUCGUUCUCUAUUGUGAUUUCAAGCCUCUGCAAGAAAUGUUAGAUAAUUCGAAAGAAGUUUCAAUAUCUAUGAAUGGUUUGCUAAGUUGGCAAAAUCCCCAUGAAAAUAAUAUAACUCUUAAGAUUGGAGAUUUUAGACCUUUACUUCCACCUGCCGGUGCACGAAUAGGCUACAUCUGGAAUAUGGUAGAACCAGUCAACUACCUUGAAACAUCGAAGGACGACCUAAGUAUGAGAUUCAUGGACAAGAAGCCCCAGAGUGGCUCUGCUACAUCAGUCCUGUAUCGUAUUCUAUCAAUGUUCCACAAGAAUGUUUUCAUGCAAACACGAUUUGCUCCUCGAGGAACAGUAGCAGUUCUUCGAGCACAGAAUUCUGCUUUCAUGGACAUAGUGUUCAGGUGUCACGCGGAAUUUCAACUCAACAAUCCACCACUUCUUCCUUUUUGGUUCACACCGUCUCAGUUUCAAGGACAUUUCAUAAUAGCUAAAGAUUUCAGCAAGAUAUUAAAUUUUUCUCUCACUGUUCCAACAAACCGUAAACUCAAUGUUGACAUGGAAUGGUUUGAAAAAUUAGAUGAAGAUAUGGUGGUUGAAAUAAGUUUUGUUCCCAAGAUGUUAAUUCACACUAAAGCCAUGGUAAAUCAACAAAACAUGAAUUGGAAUGAAGAAAUUGCUAUGCAAGAAGCACAUGUAUUACUUGAACAAGAAAUGUUCCCUUUCAAAGAGGAUCUAAAGGCUCUUGGUAAUGAAAUAGCAGCACAGCUUUUAGACAGUUACUCUUUUCCAGUUACAUCAAUAAUUGUAUCUACUGAUGGCAGCAUUAUACAAUCCUUGAAUGCUAAUGAUAUGCUAUCAAAAAUAACUGGAGAUAUUUGGAAUAGGAACAAUAAUCAUAAAAUAAACGACCCUGCUGAAUAUGAAUAUUUCAAGUUUCUUCAAUUAGCUCUGGAGAAAUAUAAUUCCAAGGACAUGAAUGUUUAAUAGUUAGAGAAUACAAAAUCACAGUAACUACUUCUUUAAAAGGAAAUCUUGCCUUCUUCAAACAUUAAUGAUAACCUGCUGAUAAAGCAUUAGUGCUCCAUCAGGUUGGAUGGAAACCGUUUGUAGUGGCUGAUUCAGUAUCAAAAUAAACUACAAAUUUUGUAUUUCCUUUCAAUUACCCUAACAACACAAUAACUUUGUUUUUGUAACAGGAAUGAAAAUGGGUCAUCUAUACGAAUAUGAGGGUGGUGAAUCUAGCGCCGUUUACAGAAAUUAUCUUUCUCGUCACAUUUAUUACAAGAUGACUAAUUUCUAAGAAAACGGGGAUAACUUGGAAAAUAUAGAGCAACUGAAAAGUAAAAAAUUACAGGGAAAAUUAAGGACAACAGCCGGAUCCGUCAAAAACUUUCAUUCGACGAGAUCCUGAACCUUGGCGGUAGGAAAUAAAAAAAACAACUAAAGCUAGCUGCGCCCAAUAACCAAACCAUAUGAAAGGCUUAAUUAAGAGCCUUAUAAUCUGAAGCUUGCUGAACCUACCUAGAAAAUAAAGACCGAUAUCUUGCCUCCUCCGUGGGCAGUCUUUUUGUCACGUGUAUUUUCGAGGUGAGGUUCAUUUUAACACAAUAAUCGUAAGUUAUCGGUAAAAAUCACAUUGCAAUGUGCACCAGUAUAGAGUUUAACUUCUCUAUCAUACUCGUCAUUAACUUGAAUCAUUUCGUUCCAAUUAUUUUCUCGAUUCUCAUCAGAUAUUGAACCAAUAAACAAAGUAUUGCAAGCCAACAAACGCUUUGAACUUUUAAGAAUGUCAUUAAACAAAGUUAUUUAGGUCCCUCUGAAUGGGUAAACCCUCCGAAUGGGUUAACCAGAUAGUUAAAAAAACGUUUAUUUCAGAAUAUGCCUAGACCCAAUUUAUUUGAAUCAAAAUAUUAGGCACAAGCAUGUUAAAUUACCUAAAUUUGAAGCAUUGUGCUCCAGAAUGACUGGUGCAAAAGUGUUUAUCACACUGGAUACGGACAAGGCAAUCUGGCAGAUUGAAUUUUCUAAUGAAAAUUCCGAAUGUGUAACGUUUAACACCCCCUUUGGUAAGAACAAGUUUUUACGUAUGCCUCAUGGCAUAUGGUCUGCUUUCGAAAUAUUUCAAACCUUUUUUUCAGAAUAUCUUUGGAGACAUUGAACGAUUUGUUAAUCUGGGGUAAAGACAAAAACAGUAUGAUGAACAUUUAGAAAAAGUACUGCUCAGGCCUAGAGAAAAACGUGUUACUUUUAAUAAAAACCGUAUUAUAGGAACCGAUAAAGUUAAAUAUUUGGACGUAAAUUUACAAAAAGGACGGAAUUAGAGAAUUUGAGCGAUUACAAAUAUGGAACGCCCGAAAAACAAAAAAGAAAUCGAAACAUUUCUCAGAUUGUUGGCAUGUCAACACAUAUACUCGUAAUGUAUCAAGGAAAGUGUUCACUUGAGAAAUUUGAUAAAAAAAGACGUUUCAUGGAUAUGGAAUAAAAAUGUAGAGUGCAGUUAUCAUAAGGUUAAAGACAUCUUAACGAGAAAUCCUGUUCCGAGAUAUUUAAGUGUAAAUAAACCCAUGACCUUAUCAGUAGAUCCAUGCAAAGAUGGUUUCGGAUGUGUUCUCUUACAGGCAACCUUGCCUGUUGCUGAUGCAAACAAAUCAUUGACUGAUACAGAAAAAAAUGUGUGCUCAGAGAAAGAGACGUUGGCGAUUUGUUUUACGCUUGAAAAGUUUAGCCAAUAUAUUUUUGGAAAAAUGUAAUUGUAGAAAGCGAUCACAAACCACUCGAAUACAUUUUAAAACAUCAUUGAUGGAAUGUCCUUCUAGAUUAAUGAGAAUGCGGAUGUAUUUACAAAAAUAAACAUUGAAAUAAAACGUAAGUCAGACAAGGAACUUAUGUGG